UACAUAUGAUAUCAUUUUCUCUCACAAACACAGACACAUUCAUUUUCGUUCCGUUUUCUCUCCCAAACACCUCAAAUUUUCUCGCUCCCCAAACACAACCCUUCUUCUUCCUUCAAUGGCCGAUCAACUCACCGACGAACAGAUCUCUGAGUUCAAGGAGGCCUUCAGCCUCUUCGAUAAGGACGGCGAUGGUUGUAUUACUACCAAGGAACUUGGAACCGUGAUGCGGUCGCUUGGGCAAAACCCUACUGAGGCAGAACUGCAGGACAUGAUAAACGAGGUUGAUGCUGAUGGGAAUGGUACCAUCGAUUUCCCUGAAUUCCUCAACCUGAUGGCUCGCAAGAUGAAGGAUACCGAUUCUGAGGAGGAGCUUAAGGAAGCCUUCCGCGUAUUCGACAAGGAUCAGAAUGGCUUCAUCUCUGCAGCUGAGCUCCGCCAUGUCAUGACCAACCUCGGUGAGAAGCUGACAGAUGAGGAGGUUGACGAGAUGAUCCGUGAGGCUGAUGUUGACGGUGAUGGCCAGAUCAACUAUGAGGAGUUUGUCAAAGUCAUGAUGGCUAAGUGAGAAAAGGCCAAUCAAACUACAAUUUAAAAUUUUAUUUAAGAGCAUAUGAACAGAAAAAGGGACAGGGCAGAUAAGUUUUUAUGAGAAUUCUAUUUUCAUUAGAGGACAUGUUGAUUUGGGGUCUUUAGUUUUUAUUAUUGGUCAGGUUUGUUUGCUUCAUUGGUGUACUGUUUAUUAGUAUUAUCCUACUUGUUUGAUCUUGCCCUUGUUUCAUUAGUUUGGAUUAGGUGUCUCACCAUGCAAUGCUACUUCACCUUUCAUCUUCUUUUUGGGGUUAUUAUCAUGAACCUAGAACAAUUGGAUGCAUUUGUGCUUUUCACAUGAUUACUGUUAUCAUCUUAUGCUAUAUCAUUGUUUUUGGGAUCA